UCACCAAUACAAUCACAGCUUUGUAUGUAUUUAUGAUGGAACAAUCUUCGCACCCUCGUUUACAACACGUACAUAGUUCGCACUGUGCUUGUUGUGCACUAGCUCCGAUUGAACUCGAUACCAAUAGCGAGACGAAUCAGAGAAAUUAUUUUUCUCAUCAUAUUUUCAUCGAGUCCUGAAAAUAAAAUAUUUUUAAAUAUGUUUUGAUCAAUUCAAAACGCAACAAAAGUGUAUAUUGUCUGGGCAACAAAACAAAUUUGAAUAUCCUGAUGCACACAUUGUGUAUGCAGACAAAUUUGCGCCUGAAUGUGUGUUUUCAGUAGCGAAGACCCCCAAAUAAUAAUGGUGGAUGUUUUUCCAGUUGAAAAGUGAAAAAACUAAAGAUUUGAAACAAAUUAGAAAAAUCGAAAAAGAUAGAUUAGAGCUAAAUUAAAUUAGUGAAGUGAUGAAUUUAAAUGGGGUCGCAGCUUUUGGAUUUGUGCAGUUUUAGUUGGAACAACAGGAGAACUGAAAAGUUUCUGAUUUUCAAGUUUUGUAAAAUCCAUUUUUAUGCGCAAUAGAUUUGGGAAAAAAGCAGUUUUUUCCAUCAAUUCGGGAAAUAAAGUGUUUUGAAUUUCGCUAUUGAUUGUGCACAUAUAUUAAUUAAUUUAACUUUUAAAACUUAAAAUAUUGAAGAAAAAAAUCAACGUUUGCGAGAGAAUUAAAUGGCAAUUUGGAUUGCUGUGUGCCUAAAUCGUAAUUUUUUUUUACAUAUAUACUCUCACGAGAUUUGUACGACUCACCAUUCGAUAUAAAAUUUAAAAAAGUAGAUUUAAAAAUCAUUUGUAACAGGAAAAUGGGUACUGUAUUAAGCUUUAGUCCUCGCGAACGGCGACCUGUUUAUUCGACAUACCACAAUCAUGGCACACUUAGUUCAGCUGGUUCGGCCGACUAUCCCCCGUUGAAUAACUACUCAUACGAGCAGCUAAACAAUGUAAAAAAUCGGGAAAACAGCAAAUCGUCACUGUGUCAAGUGCCUAACAACAGUGGGAACAUAAUGUUGAGUCAAACUCAAAACAACCAUCAUUCUCACCUUCAUACACACACCAUUCAUAAUGGAAAUAGCUCGAACCUAGCUCCCAGGGCAGGAAAUAAUAACAACAACAACAGUAAUCUCACCAGUAACGUCACGAAUAACAACAUAACUAACAAUAAUAGCAUUAACAAUAAUAACAAUAAUGCCGAUCGAAAUGACACGGCUCGAAUCCUAUCCGAGAAGAAUGCACUAGAGAAAAAUCUGAAAAAGCAUUCGUUGUUCAUCAAUGCUUUGUCUUGGAAGCGAUUGGCUGCCUCGCACAGUAAAAAGAAAUUGGACAACAAUAAAAAUAAAUCCGCUAAUUUACCCACAGCCAUAUUUCGACCACCACUGGUCGAUGCUGUUCACCCAUUGGCCAUCGAUAAAAACAAAAACAUUCAACAACAAAAUCAUCAUCAAUAUUUUACACCAGGCGCGCCAAAUACAAAAGCCUUAUUGGCACUAGAUCUCGUUCGAGCUAACAAUACAAAUAAUGCUCAACAACAUUUGGAAAAACUAACAACCAAACUACCACUGUCAAUUCCACUGCAAACAGCAUUCACACAUUCACAACAACAACAUCAGACAUUGCUUCAACAAGCACAGCAACAAACUCAUGUGCCCAGAAAAACAGUUAUUCAGGCUUCAACUUCUGAGCUAUUAAAAUGUCUGGGCAUGUUUUUGCAUGAUCGUUGCCGAAAAUUGAGAGAUUUUCAAGCAGGUGAUGCAGUUAUGUGGCUACGAGCAGUUGAUCGUAGCCUUUUAUUGCAAGGAUGGCAGGAUGUGGCAUUCAUUAAUCCAGCAAAUGUUGUGUUCGUUUACAUGUUGGUUCGAGAAUUGGUCGACGGUGAAGAAACCAAAGAGUCUGAAUUACAAGCAUCCGUUUUAACAUGUUUGUAUUUGUCAUAUUCAUACAUGGGCAAUGAAAUCAGUUAUCCACUAAAACCAUUUUUGGUUGAAGAUUCAAAGGAUAAAUUUUGGGACAGAUGUCUUUUGAUUGUGAAUCGUCUUAGUGGUAACAUGUUACGAAUCAAUGCGGAACCAGGAUUUUUCACAGAAAUAUUUACCGAGCUUAAGGCAUGUGGCGUACUGAACCAAGCUAAUCAAAAUAAUUUGAACAAUAUAUCGAAUGGCAUCAACUGUGGACCCGCUUGACGUAAUUACAACAACAGCAAUGGCAGUGGCAGACAUCCAAGAGAAGUAGUUGUUCGAUUAUCUAUUGCCGGUCAACAACAAAAAUAUCAACAUCAAACGACGUUACAGGAAAUCACCAGCAUUGUCUAAAUUUAUUGCGUUCUGAUAGAAACGAACAGACACAUAAUGGUUAUAGUACUAAGGCACCUAAAAAACUAAAAGCAUUUCAGUGUUUGAACAUUUGAUUUGUAAAAUUUAUAACACAAUUUAAAGGAACAUUGAAAAAAUGGAGAAAUAAAAAUUAAAAUAAGGAGAAAACAUGAAAAAAUAUUAUAACAUAUGAAGAUAGUGUUCAAAAACUUUGAUGACAACAAAACAAUGCUACGGAUUCCUUUGACGAAAUACUUAAAUGUCUUGAAAAAUAUAUAUAAAGACAUUUAUUAUGUAAAAGGAAUUUUAGCAAUUUAUCUUUCGAAUUAUGCAUACAUGCAUUUGUGCAUACAUGCACGAAUGUCGGUUCAUUAAUCUGUUUUUUUUGUCAAACGUUGAAUCAAAUUCAUUGAAGAUGAAUUCUACUAAUUUUCUUAAAAUUAUACUUCUGAAUUCAUUCAAUUUUUCUAUAGAUCCGGAAACUAAACGAAAUUUGAAAUAUAUUCGAAAACAGUAUAUACUGUUAAAUCUGUCUUCCAAUCAGGACAUUAAAUUUUUCUGAAUGAAUCUUAAGUUUUAGCAGCUUUUUCAUUGAAAAAACGUUCCGCAUACACAUCACAAUAGACGCGUACUGUCGAAAUGAAUAAUGGCCAAAUUUUUAAUAAUAUUUUGGCGCCAAAAGUUUUCACUGAAAAUCUCUUCUCCUUUACCUCUUCGAAACAAAAAUCACCAUUUCUGGCUUAAAAGAGCAAAUGCUUCACAAAAUUAAUUUGCCAAGAAAAUUAUAUCAUUAUGUCCAUGUUAUAUUCACAAGUUUGCAAAACUUAUAACUUUUAAGUUUAGUAGUUAAAGUGUAUCUCAAUGUGUAACCACAUUGUAUCCAUCCAUCAAACCAGAAAUAUUUUAUUUAUUUAUUUGAAUUAUUAUUAAAGUCUUUUUGAAAAGCAUAUAUUAUUAACUAGUUAACUGUAAAUUAUUUGAAGUUUACCAAUUAUUUGCAUUAAGUUUUCAAACAAAAAAUAUCAGUACACUACAUGAGAAAUAUUCUUAGUUGCCAUGAAAAUUAGAAAAUUUCUUUCGCAUUCUUUGUUCAUGUUAAUACACUGAUAAUAAAAUCUCUGCACUUCAGUGGAAUAUCUAGUAACUCGCAAGAACAAUGAAGUGGAUGUGUGUAAAUAAAAUAACAUAUUCAUUUGUCAAAGCACGCGUUAAACAAACACGCUUGAAACACAAUAUAAAUUGAUGUGCAAUACAACUGUAAAAUAGUAAAAUACAGCUAAAUAGUUGGCUGGGCUCAUGUGCAAUAAUUGACUUCUUAAUUUAUUUCGUUUUGCUAUCAUCUCCACUAAUUUGCAAGUACUUAAAAGUAUUAAGAUUCAUUAUUUAACCCUCCUUCAGCGAUGCCAUCAAUUAAUUUCCCAGAGAACAUUUUUCAACGCGAAAUCAUCCAUCAUCAAGCACAAGUUUACGGUUAAUUGUGUGGCUGGAUUUGAGUGUAGUUUAAAUUCAAAGUCGAAGAGACAAAAAUCGGUUUGAAUGUGUAUUAGUAUGAAUCAACAUCACUAUACUAUUCAACUCAAAAUCGAUACUCACCUACGUCAUCAAUUAUAUCCACCUCAUAUAGUCACAAACUAUAUUAUUCGUACAGCGGCAUAACAUGGUUAUUAUGGUUUUCGUUUUAUAUUAUCGAUUUAGAUUUUGAGGCUGCUGUUGCUGCUUGUCAGUUUCCAUUGUUCGAAUUGAUCGCAUUGGGUGGAUUCUCUGCGGCUCUUUUCAAUGAAUCAGGCAAUGGUAUGCCAAACAAGAAGUAGAAAACGAGGAUCACUUACGUUGUAUAUUGACAAUGUUUUUGAACGCGGCUCGAUUUAAGAAGCGCCAUCUCUGUCACGCCAGGUUCUCAUAUAUUUUUUUCUUGCAAAUAAAAUAGCAAAAUUGUAUAAAUUGAAUAAGUUUUGCAAUAAUAAUAACGAAAAUAAUUAAUCAACCACUAUGAGUCCCUGUAUAUUAAUAUAGGCGGGAAAAAAGUCGCAGAAUAAUGCGUCAUCUGUUGACGUGGUUAUCAAUGUAUGUAAUUACAAAGACAGAAUUGUUGGAUUCUGUCUUGACUAAAUUUUGAUAUCGGUUGUUUUCAACCACAAUUCGCACACAUUACCAGAUGGCGUUUUUACAACAUGAAAUCUCUCAGUCAUGAUGGUUGUAAUUAAUAGAAUUUAUAAUAAAUAAUUAAAAAAAAAACACACACACAAAUAUUUCAUAUUAUAUGAUAUGUAGCUUUACCUUGUAGACCAUGUAGAGAUGGUUACGUGUAGAAAAUAUGUAUUUGUCAAACAUUCAUACCUGUCAAAAGAAACAACGUAAACAACACGAAUUGAAGCUAUUCUGGUGAAUCAUAUAAUAUAAAAUAUUUG